AUGCGCAUUCACACACUCUUUACUUUGCUGAGCACCGUGCUCACAGCUGCCCUCACUGCCGCCUCUCCCUUGACCAUCCUCAAAGAACGAGCCGACGAUCCGGUAGCCACUUUGACGGGCGCUGGGCCCGAUGGCGGUGAUGUUGAGAUCACGGGUGUAAACCACCCUACCUUUCAGCAAGACUAUUGGGGUGGUAUUCCUUACGCCAAGCCCCCGACUGGCGACCUCCGAUUCUCUCCUCCUCAGACCUACGCCUACGAAUCGACAAUCUUUACCGCUCAGAUAUCCUCUCCAGCGUGUAUGCAAGACUCCGACUUGACAAUGUCGGAAGACUGUUUGUACUUGAAUGUCUACACGCCGAGCGGGUCAAGCGGCUCGGACGCAAGUCUUCCGGUCAUGGUUUGGGUCUUUGGAGGAGGAUUUCAGACUGGGGAUGCCGGUUGGUUCAACGCGUCUCGCAACUUGCAGUAUGGUGUCGACUCUGGCAAACCGUUCGUCUUUGUUGCCUUGCAAUAUAGGCUGGGUGCAUUCGGAUGGGGGCCAAACCAGGCCACAAACGUCGGAUUGAAAGAUAUCAAGCAAGGUUUGUCUUGGGUCCAGUCAAAUAUUGCUGCUUUUGGCGGCGAUCCCAGUAAGGUCAGUAUUGGCAACCACAAAUUAUUCGCGUAUACUCAUGGACAAGAACAGGUGACUUUGUUCGGCGAGUCGGCCGGCGCCAUGGCAAUCAUGGAAUCCGGUGCUCCAUCCGGCACACCCCUCGGACCUGCCGGCUCCACAUGGGAAGAUGCCUACCAAUUCUUCCUUGACCACGUUGGAUGCAAGUCCCCCAGCGACGGUAGUACUGAAUGGGCUUGUUUGAAAGCUCUUUCGGCGGAUCAAUUGCUGGAUGGACAGAAGGCUACAAAGAGCCAAACUCAAUGGGUUGACUCCCGGUUAUAUGGUCCCUCCAUUGACGGUGAUGUUAUUCCCUAUUCCCCGCAUACUCUCAUCUCUAAUGGCAAGGUUGCCAACAUCCCCUUCAUCCAAGGAAACAAUAAAGACGAAGGCACAAGCUUUGCCCCCACCACGCUUGAGGGUCCCGAAUCCGGCCGCAACCUCAUCCGCUUAAUCGAACCUGUUCCUCCCUCCAAUGCCACCCUCGACUCUCUCCUCGACCUCUACCCCGCUGACCCCACGGUGGGAUCUCCUUACGACACCGGCAAUGACACUUUUGGCCUGCAACCUGCUUACAAGAGGUUCGCUUCCAUCAUUGGAGACCUCAAAUUUCAGGCUCCCAGACGUCACUUUUUGAGAGAGGCGAACAAGCAUGGUAAUACGGCGACAUGGACGUAUCAAUUUGAACAGAGUACGCCUGGUAGCGCGGCCCAGCGAGGAGUGUGGCAUGCAAGUGAAAUUCCGUAUGUCUAUGGUCUGGCUCGACCGGGAACCGGCCAAUCAGCCGAGUAUACCGAUGUCGAUGGGGCUUUAUCGGAUGCUAUGAUGGAGUACUGGAUUAAUUUUGCCCACUAUUCCGACCCCAACGGUCCUUCCGGCGCUACGCCCAAUUUCACCUCUUGGCCGGCGCAUGACAUUUUUGCCAACACAAACAUACUGCGCUUGAAGGGAGAUGACAUUGAAGUCUUCAAAGACGAUUUCAGGGAGGAGGGGAUGCAAUUCAUGCAAGACAAUUCUGGGGAGUUCAAUAUGUGA